AUGGCUCCUCCUCGAGACAAUUCGGGCCAGUCAGCCCCCCUAAUGUCCCAAGACCUGCAGUCUAGUACUGCUGUUGGGUUCCAACAGCAAGGGACAGUGGACUGGACCAGAGUAAUGAGCGGGAGCGUCACAUUCUCUGUCGACGUACUGUCACGAUUGUCAAAGGCAGGUGUAGAAGCCUUCACCAUCUAUGCCGCCAGGGCAAUCUUUUCCAACGUCAAGCUCGGAUCAAAUGGCGAACUACGUCUUCAUCAGGCCCUCGAUAAAAUCACUGCUUUCCCUUCGUUUGGAAAAGCGCUCUGGUUUGGGUUCGGGGUAAAGCAUAUCAUAUGGAGCAUGCAGGAAUCUACAGAAGGCUUGAACUGUCUUGGUAUCUGUGCCUGUCUGACAGAGGGAUUCUCAACAAUCGUUGCCGCCAAGGUUAUACGAGAGCUCUUCCUGCUAUAUGACCCACCGUCAGAGCUUACCCCUGCGCUGAGACAGUGGAUCGCACUAGUUGAGUCCUCUGGGGGACUGCUCGCCUCGUCGGAGUUCGGUUUGGUCUUGCAUGGUUUGACCAAGCUCUUUCUCAGAGACAGCAUAUGCAACUUGCAAGGUUCUGGACCGCCAAAGGACAUUGCGCUAGUGCUGAAGCAAGUCUUCGAAGUCUCAGCAGGGCGCCUUGAUCGUCUUUUCUUGUCAGGUGGUACAGACUGCGCUUGGGUUGCUGCAGUAGCCCACUGGCUUCUGGACCUCCGAGUCGAGGUCCAGGACCAGGAUGGCACGAUUAUCUAUCGACCUGAUGGCACAAGAAGUCAGUCCUCCCCGGAUGCUCAAGUUAUCGUAACUUAUCAUCAGGGGCAAUCUCGUGAAAUACUUCAGGUUGACCGCAAACACUAUGUCGUUCGGAGCGGCACACUGCUAUUCAGUCAGGCACAAUAUCAGGAUCUUAUGUCAUAUGGCAGAGUUCCAUGGGCGAGCUGUCUAGUUGAUACCUUUGGUAGCCCCAUGAGGCUUCUUCUAGGAUCUCAAGCUCGGGUUACUGGGGCCUGUCUGGGCUCUGCCGCACGCAUCUUCCAUGCUAUUCUGAGAGAUGGCGAGGGUCACAUGGAAUUUUCACUUAUGAGUAACCCACGACGCUGUCACCCACCAAUCUUAGAAUCUAGCUAUGGGAGAGGGUUUUAUCUGUUGGCUCGUCGCUUACUACCUGAACUCGGCGAAAACACAAUCCUGGACCGGUCCAUGGAGGCGGCUAUGAACAAAGGAUACGUAGAUGCUGCUCAACAGUUUUGUCAAUCUCUCACUUCAUUGCGUCAGCUAUGUUCAUGCAAAGUCUGUCGUCCAAAUGAGUACGAUGAGGGAGACGAUACCACAUUCUGCCUGCUGAAACUGAUCCUAACCGUCUGUACACUUGUUAGAGCUAUGUCGGCUAUCUGCAUGGAGCAAGAGCUCGAGAUUCGACCUACACGCUCGGGUUUGGAGGGCAUAUACCACAGACAGAACAUAAUCGCGUCACAAUUUGACCCGGUCGAUCACGGCUUAAUGAGAUCGUGGCCCGCUGAGGGUAGUCUCAUGCUAGCCCAAAUGCUUUUCGCGGGGCGGCAACACGACAGGGACAUUGGCAUUGUCGAUCCUGUGGCAACCUCACACAGUGGUCUUUGUUUCUCCCUCAAUACUUUGAUGGACAUCACAUCCGAUCCUCAGAAAGCUUGUGUCGUGAGAGUUGUUCCUGGUAGGAUCCAGUGGAACAAUUCCCUGUACGAUAUUGUGUCUGAUCAGAUUUUGAAGCAGGAGGACACAACUGAAAGGACCGGAUAUGAUGCAAUUUCUAUGAAGGUCGUAACGAAAUAUGACGACUGGGAUUAUGCUUCAACUCCCGGCCUCAACGCCGAACUCAUCGUUGAAGAGAACAUCUGGGCGACCACUAGCAUUUCUGCCACCUACAGAAUUACAAGUGCAGCAUUUCCCGGCCGACAUUUCUCGGCAAAGUAUGUGAAUCUCUCAACGGAUUUCAGUCCACCGUAA